AUGCCACCCUGUUCGGGCUCCAGCUUUGACCAGAGCAUGGAAAUCCUGAGUGAAAAUGUCAAUCGACACUUUACGAGGCAGUUGGCAAAGCUGAAAUCAGAUCCAAAAAAGGAAGAUUAUAAAGGUAAAACACUGAAAACCAGAGCUGGCACAAAAGCUGCAGAACAAGUCCAUGAAGAAAAUGGGGAUUUGGAGGUUCGCCGGAGCUGCAGGGUUCGCCAGAGCCGUUACACCACUACCAACGAAUCCAUUCUGUUUGACAGACUUGUAACAAAUACUGCAGAAGCAGUCUUGCAAAAAAUGGAUGACAUGGAGAUGUGUAGACGGCGAAGGAUGGAGGACCUGGAGGUGUUCCCCGACACAGAAGAAGAAAGCCUCGAUACGGAAAGGACUGAUGAAGAAAUAGCUGAUAAUCAAGUUGAUUCGUCAGAAGAAAGUGAAGAAAAAGAAGAUGAUGUUGAAGGCACUCGGAAGCGUUACUUCUUUCGGCAGAGGAAAACUGUGGAGCGCUAUCAAGCUCCAUUGCAAAAACCAAAGCAACGUAAGAUAUAUUUUUCUUAUCGAUCUUCACCUGUCAGAGAGAGCGAUUCAUGCAAACGAACUACCAGACGGAGACACACAGUCCCCAGCAGUGAUUCCUCUUCCUCAUCUGAUGACGAAGAGGAUUUUGAGAGGCAAAGGAACAACAGAAAUUUAAGAAGGUCUCUUCCAGUCAAGUUUCGGAAAGGUGACCUCAAGGGAGUUCACAAGGAGCACAUGAAAAUCGGAGCAAGUCUGGCUGAUGUUGAUCCAGUGCGAAUAGAUUGUUCAGUGCGAUUUGAUGGUGUGGGUGGUCUGUCUGACCACAUUUCGUCUUUAAAAGAGAUGAUUGUUUUUCCAUUGCUUUAUCCAGAAGUCUUUGAGAGGUUCAAAAUUCAACCUCCAAGAGGCUGUCUAUUCUAUGGCCCACCAGGGACUGGAAAGACACUGGUUGCUCGUGCACUUGCUAAUGAAUGUAGCCAAGGUGACAGGAGAGUAGCCUUUUUUAUGAGAAAAGGUGCUGACUGCCUGAGCAAAUGGGUCGGGGAAUCUGAACGACAGCUUCGUUUGUUAUUUGAUCAGGCCUACCAGAUGCGACCGUCGAUUAUUUUCUUUGAUGAGAUCGAUGGCCUUGCUCCUGUACGGUCCAGUAAACAAGACCAAGUUCAUAGCUCUGUUGUAUCAACACUUCUGGCACUUAUGGAUGGGUUAGACAGCAGAGGAGAGGUUGUGGUUAUUGGAGCCACCAACAGACUGGAUUCUAUAGAUCCUGCUUUACGGAGACCAGGACGCUUUGAUCGAGAGUUCCUCUUCAGCUUGCCAAACAAAGAGGCAAGAAAAGAGAUUUUCAAAAUUCACACACGAGACUGGACCCUGAAGCCACUGGACAACUUCCUUGAAGAACUGGCUGAGAAAUGUGUUGGAUACUGUGGUGCUGACAUUAAGGCCUUAUGUGCCGAAGCUGCUCUCUGUGCCUUGCGGCGCCGCUACCCGCAGAUAUACCAGAGGAGUGAGAAACUGCAGUUAGACGUUUCUUCAAUCAAAAUAACAGCCAAGGAUUUUGUCACGGCCAUGCAGAAGACUGUUCCAGCUUCACAGAGGGCUGUGGCUUCACCUGGGCGAGCACUAUCACCUAUUUUAAAACCACUGUUAGGAAACACACUGGAAAGAAUUUUAGAAGCCUUGCAGAGAGUGUUUCCCCACGCAGAGCUUGCACUAAAGAACCAACAGCAAGGAAACGAUGUGAUUGACAGUGAUGAGGAAUCACCAUCAAUCUUUGAAGAGAAGUCAAACCCUAAAGCACCUGACAACAAAAAGGCAGAAUUCCUCACCUCUAGCAGAAAUCCUCGUUGCCAGCCAACAUCUUUCAGGCCACGGUUUUUACUAGUUGAAGAUCCAGAGUGUGGGCAAGCUUUUCAUCUGGCACCCGCAGUAAUACAUGCCCUGGAGAAGUUUCCUGUUUAUACGCUGGACCUGCCUGCUUUGUUUGUUAGCACCUCAUCACCAGAAGAAACAUGUGCACAGCUGAUGCGAGAAGCUCAGAGAACAGCACCAAGUAUCAUUUAUGUCCCACAAAUCCCUUUCUGGUGGGAGACUGCUGGACCUACACUGAAAGCUGUUUUUACAACACUACUGCAGAAUAUUCCAACAUUUGCUCCUGUUUUGCUCCUUGCAACAUCUGAUGUGGAACACAGCGAUCUCCCAGAAGAGAUAAAAGCAUUGUUUAAUAAUGAUCAUGAAGAAGUUUUCAAAAUUCAGUGGCCUACCUGUGAUGAAAGAAAAAGUUUUUUUGAGGACUUGGUUAUGAAGCACAUUGCUGAGCCUCCUGCGGCAAAGAGCAGAGCAGCUCCUCAGCCAUUGGAAGUUCUGCCUGUGGCACCACCACCACCACCCCGAGAGCUGACAGCGGAAGAAAUGAGACAGCUGGAGGAAGAGGAGGAGGAUACACUGCGCGAACUUAGGAUUUACUUGCGGGAUGUGACACACAGACUUGUCAUUGACAAACGUUUCCGAGCAUUUACAAAGCCUGUUGACCCAGAGGAGGUACCUGAUUACAAUGCUGUUAUUAAACAGCCCAUGGACCUCUCAACAGUUCUCUCCAAGAUCGACAUGCACCAGUACCUAACUGCAAGAGAUUUUCUAGGAGACAUCGAUCUAAUCUGUAACAAUGCUUUAGAGUACAACCCAGAUAAAGGUCCUGGAGAUCGUCUCCUUAGGCACAGAGCUUGUGCUUUGAGAGAUGCGGCGUAUUCCAUUGUGAGGGAAGAACUGAAUGAAGAUUUUGAGCAAGACUGCCAAAAAAUUAAAGAAUCUCGUGAGCAAAGAGGUUCAGACUGUGCUUCCUCUGACUGCUGUGCAAUGCCAAGGGAAGACCUUGUUGCUGGGUGUAAGAAAACAGACCCGAAGUGUAAUGAAAAACCAAAGAUGACUAUGGUGCCAGUGGAUGCCAGUACUCCCUGCUCUCGAGAUAAGUCAAAAAGAAAACGCAGAAAGAACAGAUGGUCUUCAGGUAUGAUAGCAAAGAGGAAGAAUGUUCAGUUCAAUAAAGAGAAUAAAAUUCCAGAAGACCAAAAUGAAAUAGAGAGUAAUGAAGAGUCUAACACGGAUUGCACUGAAUUUGCAUCCUCCCAGGAGACUUCUGUCGAAGAGCAUGAAAAUGUACUUCAAGAACGACAGAAAAAUUUGACAGAAAAUAACAGAGAGAGAGUUCUUGUGGCUAAAUCUCUUUCUGGAAAGAACAGAGAACAUUCAGACCUAAGAGAGGAGAGUGAAAUCCUGGAUUGCCAAAAAGCUGGAACUUCUGAAGACAGGGGUUCAAAUGGUUUGUUGAUACACCGUAUGACUCGUGCAAGGUGUUCUCAAGCAGAAGACAGGCAGCUGGUGUGUGUCAGGAAAGCAGUGAAAACUGGCACUCAGAGAGUGUUUGUGGAUUACUGUGAGCUCAAACAAGUGUUGCAUUCUAUCGCCGUGGUAACUGAGAACGUCAGUAUAUUUUGCAUGGAAAAACUGUAUGCUGUCCUUAGCCAGUGCAUUUACCAGCAUCGAGAAGAUGAUGACAAAAGCGAAUUAGUGAAGGCAAUGAAGAAAGAAAUUAUGGCCUUCAGAUUGCCUGACCCAAAAUGGCACACUGCGAUCAAAGAAACCGUGUAUGGAAACAGCGUUUCUGAGAAGUACGCGGGGCGAGUUAAACCGAAAUACGGACCAGAACAGUUG